UAAAAGCCAAUCGAUCAAUUAUAAAAGACAAAUUUCCAGGUGUUAUUCUAAAAUAUGAGGUUGCUUUUAAUUGUCACGGUUCUUUGUUUGUUGUUCAACGCUAUUCCCGGAAAAAGGGUGAGAAGUCAAAGCGAUGGACAUCAGUCGAUAAACAAUUCAUCACUUCGACUUGAGAAUCGCAUUGUUGGAGGGGAGGUAGUCCCUGAUGGAUUUGCUCCUUAUCAUGUGUCCCUGCAAACUAUCAUUGGCAGUCAUUUUUGUUCUGGAACUAUAAUUAAUGACAGAUGGAUCCUAACGGCUGGUCAUUGUGUAAUGGGAUGGAAUCCUUCAAACUUCCUCAUAUCCUCAGGUUCUAAUGAUCUAUGGGAACCAGAAGCAUAUUAUUAUCCGGAAAAAGUUUUCAUUCAUUGCAAUUACGACAAACCUUUGUAUCAUAAUGAUAUUGCACUCGUGCGAUUGGAGACUAAAAUUGAAUUCGACGCUAAAACGCAACCAAUUGACAUAGCCACAGAGCUUCUUCCAAAGGGCAGUAAGGCCCUGAUAACUGGCUGGGGUAAAUCAGAAUUAACCGGCGACUAUUCUCAGGACCUUAGAAAACUUGAUGUAGACUACAUCGAGUAUAGAAAGUGCAAGGAAAUGUACAAGGGGGACAAUGGAGUCGAUGUUGGUCAUAUUUGUUCCUUAUCCGCGAAUACCGAGACUGGGGUAUGUCAUGGUGACUCUGGAGCACCCUUGGUGAGUGAUGGAAAAUUGGUGGGAAUUGUAAAUUGGGGAGAACCAUGUGCUAAAGGCUUGCCUGAUGUACACGCUAGUGUGUCAUUUUAUCACAACUGGAUAAAUACAACGAUGAGUGGAUGCAAAGAAAAUCUAUUUGUGUAAACCAACUUUUAUUUAAAUAUUUAUUUUUUUAUUAUAUACAUAUAUGUUUAGGAUGUCAAAACACGUCAAUAUAUUAUUAAUAAUUUGUUUGCAUAAAUACGUUACA